AUGGCUCUUCAGAGUGGGGAGGACAUCUACGCCACGCUUCUUACGAGCGACACGUACUUGCCAGGCGCCCUUGUUCUGGCCCACUCGCUCCGCGAUGCCGGCACGUCCAAGAAGCUGGCCGUCCUGGCCACGCUCGACUCCGUGUCCGCCGAGGUCAUUACCCAGCUCAAAAAUGUGUACGACUACGUGAUAUCCGUGCCGCGUAUCAAAAACGAGGCCUCGGCCGGCAAACUUCACCUCAUGAACCGCCCCGAUCUCCACUCCGCCUUCACCAAGAUCAACCUCUGGAAACAAGCCCAGUUCCGCAAGAUCGUCUACAUCGACGCCGAUGUUGUCGCGUACCGGGCCCCCGAUGAGCUCUUUGACCUCCCCCACGCCUUUGCCGCAGCACCAGACAUCGGCUGGCCCGAUCUGUUCAACACCGGCGUCAUGGUCCUCACACCCAAUGUCGGCGAGUACUACGCCCUCUCUGCCAUGGCCCAGCGCGGCAUCUCUUUUGACGGCGCCGACCAGGGCCUCCUGAACAUGUAUUUUAAGAACUCCUACCACCGCCUGCCAUUUACCUACAACGUCACUCCGUCUGCUCACUACCAGUACCUUCCGGCGUACCGCCACUUCCAAUCGAAUGUCACCAUGGUCCACUUCAUCGGCUCCGACAAACCAUGGACCCGGGGCCGCGGUGCUUCCCACGGUGGCGGUGUCUACGACGAGAUGGUCGGACAGUGGUGGGCUGUUUACGAUCGCCAUUAUCGCCCUGCUAAUAACUCCCGGCGAGCCCUCCUUGGAUCUCGGGCGCUCGACAUACGUCGUUUUAUGCGUCCCGCGAGCAUCAGCACCUGCAACAUUCCCCAGCACCAGCAGCACCACCACCACAAAACAAUGAACAUGACCAUGGACCACCUGACCAGCAACCUCAUUAUCCUCAUCACCACCAUGAACAUCAACAUGACAAAUUUCACAGUCAUCAUGAUCAAAACCAGUCCCAUGAGCAUGAUCGCUCCGAACCUGCUCCUCCCCCAGCGUCCUCUCUUUUGUUUCAGCAAGACACCUCGCACCACCCGCCCCAUGUUGUCUCUUUUGCGAUUUCUGAUGGGAACACGCGCACUGAGACUCGAGAAGACCAGGUUCCGGGUCCACAACCGGGAACGUCUCAACCUCCGGCACAAGAGCAAAAGCAUGAGCCAGAACGACCCCCAAUGGAGCCCACCACCGCCGACAAAUGCUAAACCGGAGGCAAUGAACUUCCCGCAGACCCACUACGAAAUGUCCCGCGACGCAACGCCGUUCAUCCCGCCGCCGCGGUACGCGAGUCCGCCGCGCGACAUGUGGUAUGAAGUGCCAAAGGCGGCCCCUGCCCCUGCGCACGAGCGGCCGGCAGCCAUCUUCCCAUGGGAGACGCACCAACCACCAGCGACCCGUGUCUUUGCCGAGCCACCGCCGCCACCAGCCCCCUUAUCUGAACCGACCCGAGCCGAAACGCAUUCGGGUCAGUCGGGCGACCAUCCACACCCUUCCUUCCAGGAGCCAGGAGCUGAGCCAUCUAUGACCACAGGUUCGCCCUCGAUGGAUUUGAAGACGGAGCCCACCACACCAACCAUGCCAUCGACCGCUCGUGACGUGCCGCCCUCUGACCCCUGGGCGUCGUUUACGCGAACCAACGCUUGGGACGGGGUGCCCCAGAUCGAGCGGUACGUCGACGCUUUCCAGAAGCAGCACCGCCGAGUGAGGAGCCGUGGCCAAGCGCCCGGUGGCGGUCUGCGAUCAGGAACCAGUGUCGGUGACGUGAGCGGUGGCGGUGGCGCUGACGACGCCGCCUCCGCGCCGUGGAGGCGCGGCUCCAAAGUCACAGACUUCCCCAGCGAAGUAGAACGACCCAGUCUACCCGUCACACCAGCGCCGAUUCGUCGAUCCAGUUACUGGGGCAGUGGUGGUCCCAGCUUUGGCACAGACGAUGACGAUGCGGAAGGCGGUGACGGCACGCACCUGCUGCCGGCUGCCGAUGGUGUGCCGAAGCAGGCCGACUGGGUAUGUGUGCAUGGCGUAGUGUGGACGCCGGCAGACUGCCUCUGCGAACAUCUGCGACGCUAUCGUAUUGCUGGUCUUGGCGAUCAUAGCGAUCUAAAAGACCAAGAUCGUAGUGAUGACCUGAAACGUACUAACAAUCUUGGGAACAACAAGGAUCCGGCCACGCAGCUGCAGAAGCUGGCCAAACAGCAGUCAGAAAUACUAUUCCAGAAGCUGGGCAACGCCGGCGAUGCCGACCGGGGUGAGGCUAGCGAUGCACCCCGUACCAUCCCGCUGCGGCCGCUUCCUUUUGGAUCCGAGAACAUCGAGUCCCCAACCUAUGUCGCCCAGGCGCCGCCCGCCGUGGUCAGCCCGAAACCGAUCAAGCCCGGCGGUCUCGAGACCAGCUCAGUGCGCAGCAUUUACGACCAAAGCAGUAGCAACAGCGGUGCAGCAGGCGCCGGCACGGGCGGCGACGACGUUACCAUACCGCCCAAUACCUCGGACACAAAGAUUGCCGAGCCCUCGUAUCUCGGCCCCGGCAUCGUUUUCGAAAAGGACGAGAGCUACCCCGAGCAGGAAGUGGCGGCAGCGCUGCCCUCGGAAGAGGAAUUGGAUGUACUGGAUACAUGA